GGUCGGACGCUGUUUAUGGUUUGCAUUGGUGGUGUGUGUCUCAAUAUCGUAAUGAUUUGAACCGAGGUUUUCUCGUUAUCGAGUCCAGGCAAAACAUAUUUGUUAAAGAUUAAGACUGCGAAACGAAUUCGAGCAUUGCUAACGUUAUUAAGAGCUCCGGUAAAUGAUGGACACUGUUGAUUUUCACACACAGCUAACAUCCAUUAUGGAAGUGUUGGCCAAAACAGCUGUUGUUGAAAUAGGCAAACUUUUCGAGGAGACUUAUUCUUUGUUGGGAUUAGAGAUAAAGCGAUGUACAAACGAAAACGACUCUCUGAGAAAGAAAUGUUUGUUUCUGGAGACUGAACUUCAGGCUGCCCGGGGAAACGCCAGCAGGAUGAACGAGACUGAAGCUUCAUUCAGCGUCAGCGACGGACCGACAGAAAUUACCUCAAUUCAGAGAGGUCGCGAAUUUCCAACACUCGAAAAAUGCACAUCCUGCUGUUCCCUGUACCAUUGUCCAUUCUGUUCUACUGUGUUUUACAAACCCUCAAAAAAAAGUAAAUUGCAGUCUCAUCUUCAGCUUCACUUUUCAAGGGCAGUCAUUCAUGACGAUUAUACUAUACACCGGUGUGGUCUAAGUUGUAAGACAAAAUUACACUACCAUUGUGUGUAUUGUUCUUCCAUUGUAUACCGACGUGACAACUUUGAGGCCCAUCUCAAAGGAUGUAAGAUCCGCAAUGCUUCCUUUACCACCACCACAUCAACCAUCAUUCCUGAUGUGCCACCCUUGACCUCCACUACAUCGACCACCGCUACAUCAACCACCGUUUUUGAUGUGCCACCCUUGACUGCCACUACAUCAACUGCUACUACAUCAACCGCCAAUACAUCAAGCAACAUUUUUGAUAUGCCACCCUUAAGUCCCAGUAUGCCCUGUGUGAGAACGCAGCUACGGAAAAAAGCUGUUGUCAAGACAAAAUGCCCUUAUUGCCAAAUUACCAUUCACAGAAAAAAUUUAAGAAAACAUCUGGAGAGGAAACACACAAAAUGUAGGGAAGACAUUACUGCAAGUCAUCACCUUUAUUCUGACUGCAUAGACCAAGCAAAUGGUGGCAUGAGUCCAUCAAUAAAUGACUCAAUGAAUGACUGAAUUAAUAAAUAAUAUUUUGGAUCACAAAAAAGUUGUCUUUUUCUUACAUAGCUGAAUGAAGGCAGCUAAAUUCUGUAUGACAACUACUGCUCUAUAUAAGUGACUGGAUUGCGCAUGGAACGCUUAACGUAAUAGCGAGAAGUGAAGUCACUGCAGAGUUCUAGCGGCCAUCUUGGUAUUCUCAACCGGCAAGGGGGUAUUUUUUUCCAUUCAAAAUCUUGAUCUAAAUUCACCCGGUUUACAGCGUAUCAGUCACACAAGAUAAUUUUUUUGAAUAUGUGUACAUAAAUAAAUGUUUACUUCUAUUGUUAUUUGCAAUGUUUAUGUUUUAAGCAGGCAGGAUAAGAGAUUCAUAGAAAAUGUUUGCUGCAUUUUGUUGUUAUGACACUGGUGUAAAUAAAGUUUUAUGACAUAAAGAGCAUACACGGUCAGUGUUAUUUAUCUGAAUAAGUUAUAAAGUAAAGAAGACUUACAUUCUAUGGAUUUUUAUAAGUAUAGCAACGUCAAAAUUGUGUGUGUUAUUAUUGCUGAAUCAAAUGUUAGUUUAACCACUGUUUAAAACCUUAAAAUACACGCUAUCGUUGACACAUUUUACUGUACGAACAAAAACAAUACUGUAUAACAGGAGUCUUCAACUACUCUUCUUUUAGGACCAGAUUUUAAAAUUGUAAAUAUGCGUGCCAAACGUUUACCCCUAUUUUUACCUUUUAUAUAUUUUUACCUAUAAAGUAUUAAUAUUAUUAUUAUAUAUGUUGUAUCUUAUUUUGUUUUUGUUACUUUUUGUUAUAGGUCAUAUUUAAAAAAAACAUGCAUUUUUAAAAAAAGAUGCACACUUCUUGUUUCCAGUAUUUUGCUUUUUAAUUUCGACGUUCUUAUGCAUUACGUAAGGUCGCGCUGGCACAUCGCACGGCUGGUGUGAGAAGAGAAGUUGUGGUUUAAAAGUGCAUAGUUUUUUAUUUUUCUUGCCGAAAAUGACAAUCGUUUUGCUAGAUAAGACCCUUGUGCCUCGGUCGAGAUUGUUUA